AUGGCGAAAGGCGUCGCCCUCAAGUUCCUGCAGUGGUUCAUCCGCGGCGUCCAGUUCGGCUGCGCCGCCAUUGUGCUCGGCAUCUUCUCCUACUUCCUGGCCACCCUCUCCAAUCACAACAUUCACAUUGCGACCCAUGUGCGCGCCGUGACGGGCAUCUCGGGCGCCGCCGUCCUCUACACCAUCCUCGGCCUCGUCCUGCUCUGCUGCCUCGCCGGCCGCAUCUUCACCUCGGCCAUCGCCAUCCUGCUCGACCUCGCCUUCGCCGGCGCCUUCAUCUACGUCGCCUACGCCAACCGCCACGGCGCCUCCUCGUGCAACGGCUACGUCGACACGCCCUACGGCCGCGGCCGCUCCGCCGCCGACGUCCAGGGCACCGACGGCUUCACGAACCUGCCCUCCUUCCGCCAGGCCUGCCGCCUGCAGACCGCCUGCUUCGCCGUCGCCAUCGUUGCCAUCGUCUUCUUCCUGCUCUCCAUCCUCGUCGAGGUCUUCCUCGUCCGCCACCACAAGAAGGAGAAGCGCUUCGGCCCCGGCCCCGACAACAACUACACCUCGGGCUCCGGCGGCAAGAAGACCCGCGGCCCCGCCGGCGGCCUCUUCGGCUGGCGCACCAAGCGCAAGGCCCGCGGCGCCGGCGCCUUUGACAACGACAACGCCCUGCCCGCUCACACCUCCCCCGACCAGGUCCGCAACAGCUACAACACCGAGGCCACGGCCGUCGCCCCGGGCCAGGACGCCCACCCCUACGCCCACCCCAAGUCGGAGACGGGCUACGGCUACGCCAACGGCACCGGCAACGGCAUGGCCAACGACCACGUCGUCCCGCCCGGCACCGCCUAUGGCGUCUCCAACGAGACGCACACCCACGACGCCGCCUACGCCCAGCCCCUGCCCCAGCAGACGGCGGGCGUUCACGCCGGCCAGACGAACCCGUACCGCUACGAGGACGGCACCUUUGACCGUCGCUGA